AUGGGCAGUGCUGCUUCUCCAGGGCUGCCCCUGGUUGAGGCUGGCGUUCAUACCUGUCACCAGAAGGGGCGGCGGGGCUCAGGCGCCGCUCGGCCCGUGGAAGGGCUGCCCGGCCCCGGCCCUGCCGGGUGGGAGGCUGAGCCCCGGGGCCGCCGGGAGAACCGGGAGAAGGGUGAGCGCUCUGCGGCGGAGCGCGGACGCCGCGGGGACUCCCGGCCGGCCGGCCAACGGCCAGGACAGGCGCCUGCUCCCGGGCGCCGACGGCUCCCGCGCCCGACCCGGGCCGCCGCGGACAGCCGCCCGACCCCGCCGGGAGGCGUCGCGCCACGCAGCGCCCAGCGGAUCCGCGGCGUCCCCCGGCGCCGGGGAGUCACGGGGUCGCGGGGAGCCCCCGCCCCGCCGCGGGCCCCCGCCCACCUCAGAGCCCGGCGCCUCUCACGGGCCCCGCCCGCCGCGGGCCCCGCCCACCUCAGAGCCCGGCGCCUCUCACGGGCCCCGCCCGCCGCGGGCCCCGCCCACCUCAGAGCCCGGCGCCUCUCACGGGCCCCGCCCGCCGCGGGCCCCGCCCACCUCAGAGCCCGGCGCCUCUCACGGGCCCCGCCCGCCGCAGGCCCCGCCCACCUCAGAGCCCGGCGCCUCUCACGGGCCCCGCCCGCCGCAGGCCCCGGCUCGUUAUCUCACAGGUGCGGACGCACCGGCCAUCUCCGCGCGGCGCGCAGCGGACUCGGGGCGCAUCGGCCUGCGGCGCCCCGGAGCGGUGAGUCCUCGGCCCGAGCCCAGACGGGCUGUCCCAGCCGCGCCAGCCGCCCGGCCGCCCGCCGCCCCCGCCCAGGCCCUGCUCCGCCGAGCGCCACCGGCCGGCCCGUCGGCCCGGCCCGACCGCGGGUGCGCGGCCCGCUCGGCCCGGAUGGCGGCGGCGGUGGGGGUGGGGAGCUGCGGCAGCGCCGGGAGGAGUGGGGGCGGCGCGCUGCGGCGGGGCGGGGCGGGGGCCGCGGCCUGGGGGAAGGCCCGCACCCCGCGCCGCGCUCCGCCGGCCCCCGCCGCCGCCCGCACCCCCGCCCGCACCCCCCGGCCCGCACCCCCGGCCUGCUCCGUCUCCCGCACCCGCGGCCCGCACCCCCGGCCUGCUCCGUCUCCCGCACCCCCGGCCCGCACCCCCGGCCUGCUCCGUCUCCCGCACCCCCGGCCCGCACCCCCGGCCUGCUCCGUCUCCCGCACCCCCGGCCCGCACCCCCGGCCUGCUCCGUCUCCCGCCACCCCCGGCCCGCACCCCCGGCCUGCUCCGUCUCCCGCACCCCCCGGCCCGCACCCCCGGCCUGCUCCGUCUCCCGCACCCCCGGCCCGCACCCCAGGCCUGCUCCGUCUCCCGCACCCCACCGCCCGCACCCCGUCGCCUACUCCCCACCUGCACCCCGUCGCCCGCACCCCACGCUUGCUUUGUUCCCCGCACGUCCUCCGCCCCCCCCCCGCCCCCCGCAGCCCGCUGUUCCCGCACACCCACGGGCAAACACCCGGCCGCGGGCGCGGGAGGUCAGAGCCCGCGGGGCACAGAUGGCCGGGAUUUCCUCGGAUAGAAAUAGCCGGGCCCAAGCUGCUUAG